AUGGAUCAACAAAUAACUCCGAACGAGGUGAAGAUCCUCGAGAAUCCCGAGGACAUUCAGGAACGUCGUGAGCAGGUCCUCGGCAGAUAUUCCAACUUCAAGUCCGAGGCUCGCAGCAAACGUGACAAGCUAGAAGACUCGCGUCGCUUCCAGUAUUUUAAAAGAGAUUCCGAUGAGCUCGAGGGAUGGAUUUAUGAAAAACUUCAAGCUGCCUCCGAUGAAAGUUACAAAGAUCCCACAAAUUUACAAGCCAAAAUUCAGAAACAUCAGGCUUUCGAGGCUGAAGUUGCCGCUCAUUCCAAUGCCAUAGUGGUACUUGACAAUACUGGUACUGAGAUGAUUUCUCAGCACCAUUUUGCCAGUGAUGUCAUUCGUAAGAGGCUUGAGGAACUACAUCGCCUCUGGGAAUUGCUUCUUUCGAGAUUGGCAGACAAAGGUCUUAAACUUCAGCAAGCCCUUGUCCUUGUGCAGUUCAUUCGUCAUUGCGAUGAAGUAAUGUUUUGGAUUAAUGACAAAGAAGCAUUUGUUACUACAGAAGAAUAUGGUCAUGACUUAGAACACGUUGAAGUUCUCCAAAGAAAAUUUGAUGAAUUCCAAAAAGAUAUGACAAGUCAAGAGUACAGAGUUACUGAAGUUAAUGAGCUUGCAGAUAAAUUAUUGCUUGAUGGACAUCCAGAACGCGACACUAUUUUACGUCGCAAGGAAGAAUUAAAUGAAGCUUGGCAACGCUUGAGACAGCUGGCUGUUCUUCGUCAAGAAAAACUCUUUGGUGCUCAUGAGAUUCAACGAUUCAAUCGUGAUGCCGACGAAACCAUGGCAUGGAUUGCCGAAAAAGAUGCCGUGCUUUCAUCCGACGAUUUCGGUCGUGACUUGGCUAGUGUGCAAUUGCUCCAACGCAUACACGAAAAUGUCGAGCGAGAUUUAGCUGCUCUUGAAGAUAAAGUUCAAACAUUGAGCUCUGAAGCUGAUCGCCUCUGUGGUAUUCAUCAUCCGGAUCAGUCUCAGCAAAUUCAAAACAAGCGGACUGAAAUUAUCCAACUGUGGGAGAGUCUUACCACCAAAGCUAAAGAACGUCGCUCUAAGCUCGACGAAUCAUACUACUUGCAUAGAUUCCUCUCUGACUACAGAGAUCUGGUAUCCUGGAUGAAUAAUAUGAAAGCCAUCAUUUCUGCUGAUGAAUUGGCUAAAGAUGUUGCUGGCGCCGAAGCCCUUCUGGAACGUCAUCAAGAACACAAAGGUGAAAUAGAUGCUAGAGCUGACAGUUUUGAUUCAACUGGCUUAGCUGGUAGCAAAUUGCUUGAACGUCAACAUUAUGCUGCGGAGGAGGUAGCCAUCAAGCUUGAGUCUUUGACAUCUGACAAGGCUCAACUUUUGGAAUUGUGGGAGAAACGUCGCAUUUUGUAUGAACAAUGCAUGGAUCUUCAGCUGUUUUACCGUGACACCGAGCAAGCUGACGCCUGGAUGGCUAAACAGGAAGCUUUCUUGGCCAACGACGACCUUGGAGAUUCUCUCGACAGCGUCGAAGCUUUGAUUAAAAAGCACGAAGACUUUGAAAAAUCCCUGACUGCUCAGGAGGAGAAGAUCAAGGCUCUGGAUGAGUUUGCCACAAAACUCAUCGAAGGCGAGCAUUACGCAGCUGACGAAGUCGCUCACCGUCGGUCGGCUUUGCUUCAACGUCGAUCCGCUCUAUUAGAAAAGUCGGCUCUUCGCCGUCGUGGCCUGGAGGAUGCCUACAAAUUGCAGCAAUUCGAACGCGACUGCGACGAGACCAAAGGUUGGGUCAACGAGAAACUCAAGUUUGCCACAGACGACAGCUAUCUCGAUCCGACCAAUUUGAAUGGAAAAUUGCAGAAGCACCAGAAUUUUGAGCAGGAACUUCAAGCCAACGGCACCCGCAUGGAAGAAACAGUGGCCCAGGGUGAAGUGCUCGUGUCUUCCGAUCAUUACGCAAAAGAUCGCGUACGCACUCGUCUCGACGAGAUCGUUGCUUUGUGGAGCAGCCUCACCGAGGCCACCCAGCGCAAAGGCUCAAAACUGCAAGAAGCCGCCCAGCAGCAGCAAUUCAAUCGCAGCGUCGAGGACGUCGAGCUGUGGCUAUCCGAGAUCGAAGGACAGUUGACUUCGGAGGACAGUGGAAAAGAUCUGACCAGCGUCCAGAACUUAUUGAAAAAGCACGCCCUUCUCGAGGCCGACGUGGCUUCCCACCAGGAGCGCAUCGACUCGAUCAUCCAAGCUGGCGAGCAGUUCGUCGAGGGUGGACACUUCGACGCUGACAACAUCCGUCAGAAAGCUCAACAGAUGCAGAGCCGUUACGCUGGCCUUGAAGCGCCGAUACGCGCACGCAAACAGCGCUUGCUCGACUCUCUGCAAGUCCAGCAACUCUUCCGUGACGUUGAGGACGAAGAGGCUUGGAUCCGUGAGAAAGAACCGGUUGCCGCUUCCACUAAUCGGGGUCGCGACCUCAUUGGAGUGCAGAACCUGCAAAAGAAGCAUCAAGCCGUUCUGGCCGAGAUCAACAAUCACGAACCCAGAGUCGCCGCCGUAUGCGCAUCCGGACAACGUAUGCUUCAAGACGGCCACUUUGCCGCCGACGAGAUUGGCCAGAGAUUGACCGGACUGGACGAACGCUGGGGACAAUUGAAGGAGAAAGCUCGCCAGCGCAAGAGCGAUCUCGAUGACUCGCUUCAGGCUCACCAGUACUUCGCGGACGCGAACGAGGCCGAGUCCUGGAUGAAGGAGAAACGUCCGAUUGUGACGAGCGCGGAUUACGGCAAAGACGAGGAUAGCAGCGAGGCCCUUUUGAAGAAGCACGAGGCACUCGUGAGCGAUCUCGAAGCGUUCGCCAGCACCAUCGGCGCGUUGAAAGAGCAGGCCGCGGCUUGCCGACAGCAGGAGGCACCCUCGGCGGCCGAGCUUGCCGGAAAGGAGUGCGUCGUCGCUCUGUACGACUACACCGAGAAGUCACCGCGCGAGGUGUCCAUGAAGAAGGGAGACAACUUGGUAUUGCUAAACAGCAGCAACAAGGAUUGGUGGAAGGUCGAGGUGAACGACCGUCAAGGAUUCGUACCGGCCGCAUACGUCAAGCGCGUAGAGCCCGAGAGCGGAUUGAACGCAUCGCAGCAGUCCUUGGCUCGCGAGCAAGGCUCCAUUGCCGCUCGUCAAGCUCAGAUCGAAGCUCAGUACGACGACCUGCUGAAUUUGGCCAGAGAGCGCCAAGACAAGUUGAACGAGACCGCUAAAGCUUACGUGCUGGUGCGCGAGGCCGCCGAGCUCGCCACCUGGAUCAAGGACAAGGAGAAUCACGCCCAAGUGCAGGACGUUGGCGAGGAUCUCGAGCAAGUCGAGGUCAUGCAGAAGAAGUUCGACGACUUCCGCGCCGACCUCAAGGCCAACGAGGUUCGCUUGGCCGAGAUGAACGAGAUCGCCGUUCAGCUGAUGAGCCUCGGACAGACCGAGGCCGCCCUGAAGAUCCAGACCCAGAUACAGGAGCUCAACGAGAAGUGGACGAGCUUGCAGACGCUGACGGCCGAGCGCGCCAGCCAGCUGGGCUCUGCCCACGAGGUACAGAGAUUCCAUCGCGACGUCGACGAGACCAAGGACUGGAUUCGCGAGAAGGACGCUGCGCUGAACAACGACGACCUCGGCAAGGACUUGCGCAGCGUGCAAGCCCUGCAGCGCAAGCACGAGGGCCUCGAGAGAGACCUGGCCGCUCUGGGCGACAAGAUCAAGCAGCUCGACGAGACGGCCAAUAGGCUGAUGCAGUCGCACCCGGACACCGCCGAGCAGACCUACGCCAAGCAGACGGAGAUCAACGAGGAAUGGACCCAGCUGACCGCUAAGGCCACCUCCAGAAAAGAGAAGCUCCUGGACUCGUACGAUUUGCAGCGCUACUUGAGCGAUUAUCGCGAUCUCAUGGCCUGGAUCAACUCGAUGAUGGGCCUAGUGGCAUCCGAGGAGCUGGCCAAUGACGUAACCGGCGCCGAGGCUCUGCUCGAACGUCAUCAGGAACACCGAAUGGAAAUUGACGCCCGCACUGGCACCUUCACGGCGUUCGAAUUAUUCGGUCAGCAGUUGCUUCAAUCCAAUCACUAUGCCAGCGUUGAAAUCCAAGAGAAGUUGGAGUCGAUGAGCGAGGCCCGUCAAGAGCUCGAGAAAGCAUGGAUCCAGCGUCGCAUGCAGCUCGAUCAAAAUCUCGAGCUGCAACUGUUCUGCCGCGACUGCGAGCAAGCCGAAAACUGGAUGUCAGCCCGCGAGGCCUUCCUCAGCACGAGCAGCGCGGACGCCUUGGACAGCGGCGACAACGUCGAGGCGCUCAUUAAGAAGCACGAAGAUUUCGACAAGGCCAUCAACGCCCACGAGGAAAAGAUCGCUGCAUUGCAGACUUUGGCCGAUCAGCUCAUUGCUGCCGAGCACUACGCGUCCAAACCCAUCGACGAGCGCCGCUGCCAAGUGCUCGAUCGCUGGCGUCACCUCAAGGACGCUCUGAUCGAAAAACGUUCCAAGCUCGGAGAGUCCCAGACUCUGCAGCAGUUCUCUCGCGAUGCCGACGAGAUGGAAAAUUGGAUCGCCGAAAAAUUACAACUGGCCACCGAAGAGAAUUACAAAGACCCGGCUAACAUUCAAUCUAAGCAUCAAAAACAUCAAGCCUUCGAAGCAGAACUGGCAGCCAAUGCAGAUCGUAUAUCCAGUGUUCUUGCGAUGGGUCACAAUUUGAUUGAAAAACACCAAUGUGCAGGAUCCGAAGAUGCUGUAUCGAAGCGACUUGUUUCCAUCGCUGAUCAGUGGGAGUAUCUUACCCAAAAGACCACAGAAAAAUCAAUGAAAUUGAAGGAAGCCAAUAAGCAGCGUACCUACAUUGCCGCUGUCAAAGAUCUGGACUUCUGGCUCGGUGAAGUCGAGAGUCUCUUGACCAGCGAGGAUGCCGGAAAAGAUUUAGCCUCCGUGCAGAAUUUGAUGAAGAAGCAGCAACUGGUCGAAGCCGACAUCGCCGCUCAUGAGGAACGUAUCAAGGACAUGAAUGCUCAAGCCGACUCUCUGAUCGAGAGCGGUCAAUUCGAUGCCGCGGGCAUCCAAGAGAAGCGCCAGAGCAUCAACGAGCGCUACGAGCGCGUACGCAAUCUCGCGGCUCAUCGUCAAGCUCGAUUGAACGAAGCCAACACUCUUCACCAAUUCUUCCGCGAUAUCGCCGACGAGGAGUCUUGGAUAAAGGAGAAGAAACUGCUCGUCGGAUCGGACGAUUACGGACGCGAUCUUACCGGUGUCCAGAAUCUCAAGAAGAAGCACAAGCGUCUUGAAGCCGAGCUCGGCAGCCACGAACCGGCCAUUCAAGCCGUACAAGAAGCCGGUGAAAAGCUCAUGGACGUAUCGAAUCUGGGUGUGCCAGAAAUUGAACAACGUCUUAAGUUGCUCAACCAGGCUUGGGCCGAGCUCAAACAACUCGCUGCAACUAGAGGACAGAAACUCGAUGAGUCUCUGGCUUACCAACAAUUCUUGGCCAAGGUCGAGGAGGAAGAAGCUUGGAUCGCCGAGAAACAACAGUUACUGUCGCUCGAGGACUACGGCGAUACGAUGGCUGCUGUACAAGGUCUGUUGAAGAAACACGACGCUUUCGAGACCGACUUCGCGGCUCACGGAGAGCGCUGCAAAGACAUCACCGAGGCUGGCGAAGCUCUGAUCGCGGCUGGAAACCAUCGCGCCGAUGCCAUUGCCCAGCGCUGCCAACAACUCGGCAGCAAGCUCGAACAGCUCGGUGGCUUGGCUGCGCGCCGCAAGACCCGUUUGAACGACAACUCGGCUUAUUUGCAAUUCAUGUGGAAGGCCGACGUGGUCGAGUCGUGGAUCGCCGACAAGGAGACUCACGUUCGCUCCGAGGAGUUCGGACGCGAUCUCUCGAGUGUUCAGACCCUUCUGACGAAGCAAGAGACGUUCGAUGCCGGCCUCCACGCAUUCGAGCACGAAGGUAUUCAAAAUAUAACCACCCUCAAAGAGCUCCUCACCGAUGCCGGUCACGAGCAGCGUCACGCCAUAACUAGACGCCACGGUGAUGUAAUUUCGCGCUGGCAGAAACUCCUGUCCGAUUCUCAGGCUCGCAAACAGCGUCUGCUGCAGAUGCAAGACCAGUUCCGUCAGAUCGAGGAGCUGUACCUAAGCUUCGCCAAGAAGGCUUCGGCUUUCAACUCCUGGUUUGAGAACGCCGAGGAGGACUUGACCGAUCCCGUGCGCUGCAACAGCAUAGAAGAAAUUCGGGCUCUUCGCGAGGCACACGCUCAAUUCCAAGCGAGCUUGUCCUCGGCUGAAGCCGACUUUCAGGCCCUCGGUGCCUUGGAUCGACAGAUCAAGACCUUCAACGUCGGUCCCAACCCUUACACUUGGUUUACAAUGGAAGCUCUGGAGGAUACUUGGCGCAAUUUGCAAAAGAUCAUCAAGGAGCGCGACGUCGAGCUGGCCAAAGAGGCUCAGCGUCAAGAAGAGAACGACAAAUUGCGCAAGGAGUUCGCCAAACACGCAAACGCUUUCCACCAGUGGCUGGCCGAUACUCGUACAUCCAUGAUGGAAGGAUCAGGUUCGCUGGAACAGCAGCUUGAAGCGACCAAGAAGAAAACACAAGAAGUACGAGCCCGGAGACAAGAUCUGAAGCAUAUUGAAGAUCUUGGCGCGAUACUCGAGGAGCAUCUGAUCCUCGACAAUCGAUACACCGAACAUAGUACGGUUGGUCUCGCGCAGCAGUGGGACCAACUCGAUCAACUGGGUAUGCGCAUGCAACACAAUCUCGAACAGCAGAUACAGGCCAGAAACCAGUCCGGUGUUUCCGAGGGUGCGCUCAAGGAAUUCUCUAUGAUGUUCAAGCAUUACGACAAGGACAAGAGCGGUCGACUCAAUCACCAGGAAUUCAAAUCUUGUCUGCGGGCAUUGGGUUACGACCUGCCCAUGGUAGAGGAAGGGCAGCCUGAUCCAGAAUUCGAAAAUAUACUUGAUAUUGUCGAUCCGAAUCGGGAUGGAUUUGUCUCCUUACAGGAUCAUAUGGCCUUUAUGAUAAGUAAGGAGACAGAAAAUGUGCAGAGUUCUCAAGAAAUCGAAAAUGCUUUCCGAGCUAUCACAGCAGCCGACCGACCCUAUGUCACGAAAGAGGAACUCUACAACAACCUCACGAAAGAAAUGGCCGACUACUGUGUGGCGAGGAUGAAACCAUACGUCGAUCCGAAGAACGAGCGACCCAUCGCGGGAGCAUUAGACUAUAUAGAAUUUACGCAUACCCUAUUCCAGAAUUAAUUGCCUUUAUUAAAUAACAUUUUAUGUAACUUUUUUCCUGAUAUAAAAUUCUCUAUGGCAGCUUUCUCUGUGCACAAUGGUGAAUUAGGACAACGCAAACUCGCCAUGCGUUACAUUAAUUAAGGUGUAUACAUCAUGUGCAACGAUUCCUACUUUUUUAUAUUUGCUACAACUGGUGUUAUGGUAAUCGAAAAAAAAAAAUGAAAAUUUGCAAUUCAUUUUUCGACUGAAAUCCAAAAAUUUUAUUAUUUAGACCGAUUGCAUUCGUAUUUGGGAAAGACUCAAAAAUAAGUAUUAUCGAGCAAAAAGAGGAACGAGUUUUUAAAUAAAACACUAUCUAUAUAUAAUAAUAAAAAUAUAUAUGCUUUAAAAAAUAUAUUGCCUUGUCGUUUAUGUAGCAUUAAAUAAAAAGUCUAAUUAAUGUCGUUGAAUUA